AUGCUCGAGUACAUCUACAUCUGCAGGCAUGGCUUCCGGUCCAAUCUGAUGGCGCACGACGUCAAGUCGUCGCCAACGGGCAUGCGCCUCGACCACCCUCUGUCGGUCCACGGAGUACAGCAGGCAGCGCACCUGGGCGCCUUCCUCUCCGACCCGGCCCGCACUGCGCCGUACCCGGUCCCCGAACGCGUCUUCUCGUCUCCAUUCUACCGCUGUCUCCAGACCGCACAGCCGACCGCUGCGCUCCUCGCCGAACGCGCCAACGAGCCGCGGCGCAUCGCGCUCGACCACGGAGUCAUGGAAUGGUACCCGCCUGCAAAGAAGGGGACGGGCCUGCACCCGCGCCCCAGCGGUCCCGCGACGCUGGAAAAGUUCUUCCCCGAGGCCCUCGACCUCGACUACCUCCCGUCCGUGUACCCGGACCGCAAGGGCGAGAAGAUGCAGGCGCUGUUUGACCGGAUAGACCUGUUUGUCGAUGUCUUUACGGCGCGCAUGGACGCGACGCCCGUGCGCACCGUCGUCAUCUUUGCGCACGCCGCCACGGUCAUUGCGCUCGGCCAGGCGCUGACGGGCGACCGCAAGGCCGAGGCGUGUGCCGGCUGUGCGUGCACGUCACUGUAUCGCCGCAGGACGGACAAGGGACCCGGAGGCGGCAGUGUGGGUGCUUGGGAGCAGCUGUGGAAUGGUCGCGCAGACUAUAUGCCUGGCGGAGUGGAACGGGACUGGGCGUUCCACCAGGUGGCGCUUGCAGGCGGCGAGGUUGUAGAGGACGAGGGUGACCUCCUCGAGCACUCUCCCGAAGACGAGUUGCCAGUGGGGCUCGUCAAGGGGAUGGACAAGUACCUCCCUCCCUCCAGGAGACAGGACGGGUCCAAGGCUGCCACCUCGAGGUUGUGA